AUAGGUACAUCAUGCAUGACGAAUUGAAGGAAGAAACCAACAAUGGAAGAAACGAAGAGAAUGGAUUUGAGGCAAGUAGAUGACUUAGUGAAUAAACCACAAGGCAGCAAUGGCACGGUGGAGAAGGAGAACAACCCAGCGGACGCUGCUACUGCUCUUCAACUAUUUUAUUUUUUUAAAAUCCCAAUCAGAUCGAUCCCCGGCACCCAAAACUCACCUGGUAUAAAGGGUAUAAAGAUUCAAUCUUUCCUUUAUCUAAAGGAAUCCCUACUCGUUUUCUUUGAAACCCAUAUCAGAUUCCAGUUACCUUUUUCGUUUUCGUUUUCAAGUUCUGGAAUUGAAGGCUGGGGACAUUGUAAGGAUGCAAUUCAAAUGUUGUGCGUGGAGAAUGUCGCCGGUGCUCCGAUUGCGGAUGUUUUAGGCCCUGAAGCCACAAUGGGAAGAUCCUCUGAUCGGUAUAUUGGCUCUAUAGAUUUUACUAGCAUGCUUCUCUGGUCUCUUGAGAAUUGGGAAAAAGCCGGUUCUCCAAAAGAAGGGCGCGACGGUUCCGGUGAGGAAACCAGCAUAAGCAGCCUCCUACCCAUGCCUGAACAGAAUUGUGAAGAAGCCGGUUCUCCGACAGAAGGGCGCGACGGUUCCGGCGAGGAAACCGGCAGAAACAGCCUCCUAUCCAUGCUUGAACAGAAUCCUCAAAUUGUUAGGGGAAUUGGCGAAAUCCUUCCUCUUGGAACCAUUCUUACCUGUUCACCUAGACGAUACCCUUUUUCUUGUUUUGCUAAUGCUAGCAAAACAUCGGCUGCAUGUUGUGCCUGUCAUGGAGAGACCUGAUUAUCACAUCAUUGGUUUUGCUACACAGGUAGAUAUAUAUUCUCAUGGCUGCUGGUUCUUUCUUCGUCGAGAAUUUUGAGUAAUUCUACAAUCAAGGUCUGUUAAAUAAUGAUAUUCUUAUGCCAAACCAUGUGUUUCAUGGUUUGUGAAGAAUGCAGUGAUCCAAUCGCAUCUCCAGUGUGAUGGAUUACAAUGGUUUAACAACAUUGCAUCCAGGGCCUUGUCAGAAUUCAGAUAAGGCAAACAUCAUGGAGAGUGUAUGUAGUGUUUCCAAUGUUGAUGUUGUUUUUCUGUUUGAUAUUAGGUUUGAAAAUGAGAAGCAUGUCGAUCGUGUAUUUGGAGACGAAAGCCUAGCAGAAGCUCUUUCAAAUAUGUCGAAGAGCCAAAUAGGUGCAAUUACCGUCAUAGACAGAGCAACUCAAAGGUUUAUCGGUUGCUUCAGGAGAAAUGAUGUGCACCUUCUCAUGGAGGACGAUCUCUUUCAGAACAGAAAGAAUAUAACCAUGGAAAAGUUCAUUCAAAUGGAGACUGUAUACUUAGAUUUUUACCCUACCACUGAAGGAGAAGACAUAGGGGUUCUCUGCCUGAGAAACUGUCACGGUACAAGAAUGGACUCGCCAGUGACCAACAAGAGAAGUGAUACGCUCAGGCAAGCAAUGAAAAAUAUGGUUAGUAGUAAAAGCAAAUACUGUUUUCUGAUAGAUAAUUCCUGUCAUGUACUAGGUAUUCUAACAUUGAGAGACAUAAUCAUUCAGUUUGCUCCACCCUGCAUUGACUCAAAUAUUCAUGGAGUUGGUUUCUUUGAAUCAGCUCUUGAGGAGAUAGGGUGUCAAGUCAAAAAUGGGAAUGUAGUUAGUUAUCAUUAAUGGACAGUUUUCUGCCUGAUUCAUGA